AUUCUACUUAUUGUAUUACCAUUACCAUAAACCCCCUUUUCCUCUCUCUCUCUCUCCCUCUUAAUUUCCUAUUUCCCUUUGAGUACUUUCUCUCUCUAAAUUAAAACUUAGUGAAAUUUAAUUUGUAUGGCAAUCAGCUUGUUAAACCAUGUUGUAUCAGACCUAUGCCUGGGAAAACCAGCACUAAAAUCACUAUCACUAUCCUCAGCAACUGUAGCUGAUGCUCUUUCCGCCAUUAAAGCUUCACAAGAAAACUUCAUUACGAUAUGGUCCUGUGAUCAUAAUAAUAAUAAUAAUAAUAAUAAUAAUAAUAAUAAUAAUAAUAAUAAUAAUAAUCAAAUCGGUUCAACAUGUAAAUGUGUUGGAAAAAUAUGUAUGGUAGAUAUUAUAUGUUUUCUUUCUAAACAUCAUUUAGAUUCUCCUUCUUCUGCUCUGCUUUCUCCUGUUUCUGCCAUUUUGCCUCUUCCUUCUUCCGUUAUCAAACACGUGGAUCCUUCUACUAGCUUACUGGAAGCAAUUGAUCUGAUUCUAGAAGGUGCACAAAACUUGGUGGUGCCCAUACAAGGUACGGCUAGCUCGUAUAUUAGAAGAAAACAACAAAAGGCCAAGGGUCCGACUAUUCAUAACGGUCGUGAAUAUUGUUGUUUGACACAAGAAGACGUGAUUCAAUUCAUCCUUAGCCGAAUUGGCUUGUUCACCCCAAUCCCGGGCCUCUCUGUGGAAGAACUUGGUAUCAUCCAAUCGAAAAUUCUUACGGUGGACUACCAUGCCCCAGCAAAGACUGCGCUAAAGGCCAUUGAGCAAUCGUUGAUUGAGCAAACGUCGGUUGGGGUGGUGGAUGAAGAAGGGGCUCUAGUAGGUGAAAUAUCUCCGUUCACUCUGUGUGCAUGUGACGAAACUGUUUCAGCCGCGAUGGUGACAUUAUCAUCGGGUGAUCUCAUGUCGUACAUUGACUGGGGCGGUCCCCCUGAUGACAUUGUACAAGUGAUGAAGGCGAGUUUAAAAACGAAAAAGCUAGAAGGGUUGUUGGAAAUGUUAGGUGACGACUACUCAUCAUAUUCUUCCUCGGUAUCAUCCUCAUCAGAUGACGAGUCUGUGUCCUCCUCAUCAACCUCCUCGAGAUCACUUGCACGACAUAGGUCAUGGAGCUACUCAGCUAGGAUGGUAAGGAAAGCUGAGGCAACAGUUUGCCAUCCUAAGAGCUCAUUGGUCGCGGUGAUGAUCCAAGCUAUUGCACAUAGGGUGAACUAUGUUUGGGUUUUGGAAGAUGAUUGUACCCCAAUCGGAAUAGUCACAUUUCGGGAUAUGCUAGAAGUUUUUCGAGAAUAUUUGGUAUCAAUGGUCGAGGAAUGGGGCGCUAAGUAGAAAGCAUACCUGACACAAUAAAACCAAUAAAAAAACUACGCCCGCUCGAUCUUUCGACUUAAACUUGCAACUCAAGAGCAAAGCUACAUAGUUUAUUUGAAACCCAAGAGAGAUCUUAGUUAAACAAUAAGAGUUAGAAUUUUUGUAUUUUGACCUUUCUUAGUGUUGUGAAUUAAGGAUAUGUUGUUUAUUGGUUUAUUAUUGUAUUUAUUACCUUUUUGUAUGCACUUUUUAGUUUUUUUUUGGAGUAAUUUUCAUUUGUAGGACUAAUAAAUUGCAAAUCUAAUUGAAAAGAUUUGAUGGUGAUGUAUGGUCAUGACUGGUGUAAGAAUUUUGGCUUAAUU